UAUGUUUCUGAUGUCAUACAAAAUGGUUUCAUUUUUUAAAGUUGCUUUUCACAGAAGAUGAAGACGUUCAUGCAAUUCUUGUUAGCAUAAACCCAUCACUGCAUGCUUUCCUUGCCUCUUCAUAUCUUAAAACGCUAACAGCUUUCUUUCAAGGCUUUAAAGUUAUGUACCUCUGCAUCAUCAGCAUUACAUAAUUAAUCUCCCAGCUCCUUCAUUCUCUGCCAGAAUGGGAAGGCCACCUUGCUGUGAUAAAUCCAAUGUCAAAAGGGGCCUUUGGACUCCCGAGGAGGAUGCUAAACUGCUCGCUUAUGUCUCCAAUCAUGGCACUGGCAAUUGGACUCUGGUUCCUAAGAAAGCUGGGUUAAACAGAUGUGGUAAGAGCUGUAGGCUCAGGUGGACUAACUAUCUGAGACCUGACCUCAAGCAUCAUAGCUUCACACCCCAAGAGGAAGAGCUUAUUAUUAACCUUCAUCAAGCUAUAGGAAGCAGGUGGUCUUUGAUUGCGAGGAGACUCCCUGGGAGAACAGACAAUGAUGUGAAGAACCACUGGAACACAAAGCUGAGGAAGAAGCUUAUGAAGAUGGGAAUUGACCCGGUGACCCACAAGCCUGUGUCUCAAGUCCUUUCUGACUUGGGAACUAUUAGCUGCCUCUCAACUGUAACAACUGAAACACGACCCGCAAGCACCAAUCUAAUGGUCUCUAAUCAGCUUGAUCAAGAGGUGCAAUCCCAAUUCAUUAACCCAGAGAAUGACGUCCAGUCACACCAGAACGAAGCUGCGUCUUCAUGUUCCUCGUCAUCGUCAUCAUCUUCCUCUAGUAUCACACGACUAAGCUCACCUCGCUACGUCAUGGCUGCUGCUGCUGUUCCUGCCCCCUGUUCAUCGUUUGAUUGGAGCGAGUUUCUUCUGAGUGACCCGUUCAUGUGCACCGAGUUUCAACAGCUGAAUCAGUACGACAUGAAUGGGGUUUCGUCGUCGUUGAGUCCCUCGGUUAUAAUGCAGAACCAAAUUCAAUUUUCGAAUAAUGCAGGUGAUGAGGGUUCAGGAGUGGUUGUGGCUGAUGAGGCGAGCGUGAAGCGUCAAGUCUUUGAUAAGCAAUAUUGUGAAGGGACUGCUUCAUCAUCUUCAUUCGUGGAUGCCAUUUUGAACAGAGAUAGUGAGAUUAGGGCAGCAUUUCCUCAACUGCUAGAUGCAUCCACUGAUUACUAGAUUCCCCUUUUC